AUGGCGGCCUCUGAGGCCGAGAAGCAGCCAGGAGCCCCCGAGGGGGAGUCACCGCUUGCAACGGCAAACGCAGGCCACGCUCAGAGUUUGCAGGUGGCCGAGGUGUGGGUCUCACUCACUUGGUCACGGUGCUCUGGGAGGCACCGAGUGUGCUCGGAGCAGGCCCUUAAUGGCCAGGACAGGUUCUGGAGGCGGUGUCCUGCAGAGGUAGACCAGGUCCUGGUGCCAGCCCCUGAGGUCUGCUGGACCCAGGGAGAAAAGACGUGUCUGGCAGCCCCUGUCUCAGAGCUGAAGGAAGAGAAGAUCAAGACAGAGGUGGAGGCACCAGAGGAGAGAGGCGCCGGGCCACAGAUAGCCAUCGCGAGGCCUAGUCAUGGCCCCAAGAAGAAGCCAGUCAUUCACCCAAGACCCAAUCAACAAGCUCAUCCAAGGGCAGAACUAGAGCUUUCCCCCAGGUUGCCAUCGCUCAAGGAGGAGUCAGAAGGGAGCCAGAGUGAGCCCUCACCAUCACCCAAACAACACAAAAAAUCAAAGAAGCGCAAGAGUCUGGGAGUUCCAGUGCUCACCACCACAGCUGGCACUGUGUCUGCAUCUUUAGAGGCAUUGGGUCUAGAGCGUAAGGCCCAGCGUGUGCGGCCUCUGUACCAGUAUAUCAACUACUCCAACCCUGAGCUGAACCAGGCAGAUGAAGAGGAUAGGGAGGUGGAGGCCCAAGCCAAGUCAGAGCUGGUCACGGACACCGAAGAGGCUAGGCUCGAGCAGCUGCAAACCUUUUUGCCUGUCACAGGUGAGCCGAGCUCAGGCCUCACAUUGCCCUGCCCCAGUAUGCUCGUAACCCCUGCCCAGGCUCUGGUGCUCCGAAGAGAGGAGGCUGUAGAGGAGCCUAGGGGGUUGUUGGACUUGGGGACCAGUGUCCGCCUCAAGGCUGAGGUGGAUAAGUCAACCCAGGUGGACAUCGACAAGAUACUGAGUGUUUGCACUGCCCCACUGGUCCCCCCACUGUCUCCUCAGUACAAGUGACUGUCCCACCUUCUGUUGGCUUCUUUUCUCUUAAGUAGCCAGAACAGCUGCCUAAAGAAUUCCCCCAAGCAGGAGGGGGAAUGGGUUUCCAGAACUUGCUGGAAAUAAAUGC